AUGACCGGCGCGAAAGACGCGACAAAACCUGUCGCCACAACUUCAGCCUCCGCAACAAGCGCCGCCCCGGCCACCUCGUCUCAGACCGCGCCCUCGAGUACGGUCCCACUGAUGGCCGGCGCCAAUGGCAAUAAUGGCGCAUCCAACGCCAGCCCAGCGUCCAACUCUGCGAUAAAUAAGAAGAGAAAGAAGGAGGGUCUCAAGCCUAUUAUCACAACAGAAGGUCCUGCGCCCGGGCCGCCGCAUCUCACUACCAAUAUGAACCAACCAUCCCCCACGUCAUCGUCAGGUGCUGAAGAUGCCGCCGAAAACACAGCGGAUGAGGAGGACUCCGAGGACUAUUGCAAGGGUGGCUACCAUCCCGUCCAGAUCGGGGAGAAGUUCAAAGAUGGCAAAUAUACCGUGGUACGGAAGUUGGGCUGGGGUCACUUCUCAACCGUAUGGCUGUCGCGGGACAAUACAAACGGCAAGCAUGUCGCAUUGAAGGUCGUACGAUCAGCGAGCCACUAUACUGAAACCGCUGUCGACGAGAUCAAGUUGCUCCAGAAGAUCGUCCAAGCGAACCCCAACCACCCUGGUCGGAAAUACGUCGUCAGCCUUCUCGAUUCAUUCGAACACAAGGGACCCAACGGGGUACAUGUCUGCAUGGUAUUUGAGGUUCUAGGCGAGAAUCUGUUGGGCUUGAUCAAGAAAUGGCAGCAUAGGGGCAUACCACGAGAUCUGGUCAUGCAAAUCGCGAAGCAGGUCUUGAUGGGCCUGGACUAUCUACACCGAGAAUGCGGCAUCAUCCAUACCGACCUCAAACCCGAAAACGUUCUGAUAGAGAUUGGCGACGUUGAGCAAGUCGUGCAGAAGGUGGUCAAGAACGACAGCACGGAGAAGGAGAACCACAGGAAUGGGCGCCGAAGACGCCGAACUCUCAUCACCGGGAGCCAGCCGCUACCCUCACCACUCAAUGCCUCUUUCAACCGCGAUAAUAUGUUUCCAUCACCCAAUUCGCACACAAGCCUCAACGCCAUGUUGCACGAUUCAACUACGCCAUCAUCGGCUACCAGCGAGAAACAAGGCCAGAGGGAAAAGACCGCAACCUCGGUACUAACGACUGCGAGCUUCAGUGAUAUUCUUACGAAGGAGGUAUCAGGGAUAUCUCUAGACAAGUCAGCUGGUGCUGCGGGUACAUCGACAGAAAAGCGAAAAAGGAAAAGAAAUGGUCUUAUCAUCAAUGUCAAGAUUGCUGAUUUGGGUAACGCCUGCUGGGUAUCUCACCACUUCACGAACGACAUUCAGACUCGGCAAUAUCGUUCUCCGGAGGUGAUACUGGGUGCCAAAUGGGGUGCCAGCACCGACAUCUGGAGUAUGGCCGCCAUGGUGUUCGAGUUGAUCACUGGGGACUACCUCUUCGAUCCCCAGUCUGGCACCAAGUACGGCAAGGACGACGACCACAUCGCGCAAAUCAUCGAGCUCAUGGGUGCGUUCCCUAAGGAGCUAUGGAAGCCUGGCCGAUGGUCUCAAGAGAUAUUCAACAAGAGAGGAGAGCUGCGUAAUAUCCAUCGGCUCCGACAUUGGGCCUUAUCCGACGUGCUUCGCGAGAAAUAUCACUUCAAGGAUCCCAAAGACCUCACGCCUAAGGAGCGAGAGGAGAAAGAGAAGGCCGCCAGGGAACGAGCAGAAGCCAGGGUGAAAGCAAAACUGGAGGCAAGGAAAGCGGGCGAAGACGAAGAUGCUGUCGAAGACGUGUUCAACGAUGAACUCACACUCGAGUAUCACCCAACCGAAGUUGGCGAAUUCCUCGCACCGAUGCUCGAGUUGAUUCCCGAGAAGCGCGCUAAUGCUGGUGGUAUGGCGAAUCACCCAUGGCUAGACAACACACCCGGCAUGGAAAAUGUCAAGCUUGAAGGUAUAGUGCCUGGGAGCAAGGGCGAGGGUAUAGAAGGGUGGGCUACCGAGGUCAAGAAGCGGUAG